AUGUUAAAUUCAAGUAUCUACAGUAAUGAAAACAAUUCAGCCAUAAAGACAAAAGGUAAUUAAGCUCAUCUUCUUUCAACUGCAAUAAGUAAAUUAGGAGAUUCAAGUUUCAAAUCAAGAAUAUAAGAUUCUAAAAACAUAUCUCCAGUGAGAUUAAGAUUGUUUAGAGAUUCUCCAAAAACUUAUAAAGGUUUAGAAGGUUGUGUUGUAGGAUAAUAUAAGUAAGAAUAUGCAUAAAUAUUAGUCCUCUCGCUCCAACCCAUGUAGUUUUUUCUAAUGAUAAAACUCCAUCUCCUCAUAGAUCAGCAAGAACAUUUAGAGAUUCUCCUGAAAGAGCUAAGGUUAAGUUGAAUCAAUUUCAAGAUUGGAACUCUAAAUUAGACAUUCAAUUAUAAAUAUAAAAUAAUUAGAUUGCAAAAUUGAACAAUUAACUUAUCCAAUAAAGUUAUUAGCCUUACUAACAUAAGAGCUCUAAAUCAAACUUAUUUUAAGCAAGUACUCCAUCCAAUUUCUAAAAGUUUGGUAAAUAAAGUGAUAUCUCAUCACUUUCUUCAAGAUUGAAUUAGAUUCCAAUAUCAUAAAUAGGAACAUAUUAAUUAGGGUAAUAGAAUGAAAUUUAUUAUAGACAUCAAAAUGAAUUAAAUGGAUUAUAAUCAUCAUUAAAUAGAAUAAUGAAAACAAGUAGAAUAUGAUAAUA